AACUAUAAUCGAUUUUGUAUUAUGAUAUAUUAUAACUUGUGAACAAACGUGUAAAAUAGACCCAUUAGAUACAAUAUUUGUAAAGUAGGAUUUGUGUUAUUUUGUGUUCUUUUUCCUAACAUUUAAUCUAAUGAAAUAAAUUCAUAGCAUAAUUGGAUUUCUGUAUAGUCACUAUGAGAAAUAAAUGUAAUUAGUUUCACAUCUAGAUGGUGGCAUGCAUCAGAAAAUGUAAAGUUCACAGAAAAAGGACGGGGUAAUAACAUGAACAUAUAACAAAUCAACAAAUCAACAAAUCAAUAAAAAAUGAACUACUAAGAGAAUGCACAUUAUUAGCCUCGUAAACAUUGUCUCUGUCAUACUGCCUCCCAUGACGAUUUAAAAUCGAUGACAUAUUAUAAAUGGACAAGGCUGUACUUGAAAUGUGGUCAUCCUUUGUUCCCCGAUAUUAAUAUUCGUAGCACGAAUAUGUAAUAUUACUUUUCUUAAUUUCAUUGUUUUGCUUUAUGGGUGUUGGAUUGGAUUAGAAAUUUAAGCUGCAUUAAAGUAUGAAUUUCAACGAUGGUACAGGUACAAGACAGUAUGGCUGUAAUAUCGACGACGGUACGAGUCAACGCGGCUAUUACGUCGACGACGAUAAAUCAACUAAAGUCUACAUCGGAGGUCUUAUCGAUAAUAUUGGGAACGACAAACUACAGAGAGAGUUUGAAAAAUUUGGCCAAAUAGUAAAGGUUUGGAUAGCUAGAAGUCCCUUCUCUAGAGGGUAUGCAUUUGUUGACUAUGCAGAUCCAAAUGAUGCUAAACGGGCAAUUAAAGAAAUGAACGGUAAAGAACUUUUCGGCGGAAAAAUUCUCGUUCAAUUGUCAAAACAGGAAAAUAAAAAAUGGCACCCACCAUGUAGUGAAACAAAUUAUUCAGACGUUAAAUAUGAGUAUGCAUUAGAAUCUGCAAGUACUUUAGAUAAAAAAAGAAAAUCAAGAGAGAGAUCAAGCAGCCGAUCAAAUGGCAGGGUUUCCAGAAGUUAUGAACAGUCUGGAGAAAAUCUACGUAGCAGUCGACAUCCAAGUGAAAGACUUUAUGGUAGAGACACGGUUUCAUCUCGAAAUCGUCAUCGCGAUUCACCCCGAAGACGCAGUAGGUCACGCGAAAGACACUCAUCACGACAGCGUAAUCGAUCACCCGAUCUGUCACCAAGGAGAAGAAGAUCUCCAGACAGAAAUAGCAAUGGAAGUUCUGAAUACUGUAAUAAAAGAUUGACAGUAGAUGAUAGCAUGAUAGCCCAUAUAAGAGAAUCUGUAAUAAAAGAAACAUUACCACAAAUGUAUUCUUUGCUAUUCCGGGAGAUACUUCUUCUAAAUGACCCAAUUAAGAUGCAAAGUCUGUUACAAGUAUUACCAAAUCCAUCGAAUGUACAGGGAAAUACAACCAAUCCAAUCAACGCUUUGGCUACAAAAAUUCCUAAUCCUAGCAACAUUUUAAGAACUACCAGUCCUGGUUACCAUGGUAAUCAGACAUGGGGUUUCAGCCCAUCAUUGCAGUACAGCGGAGCAACGUCAUCUAGCAAUUUACAUGGGAAUUCUGUAAUCACGAGUUCUCACAAUUUAGGACAGCAAUAUUCAAUGCAUAACCCAGGGACCUUGUCUACGCCAAGUUUAUCAAACGUGUCUUCUCCAAACACCCAAAGGAAAUUUUCUUCUUUCCUACAAAAUGCUACGCCAAAUUCAACAUUCAUAAACUGGAAGGACAGACAACAUGUAUCUGGUUAUAGCGAUGGAAAAUGUUUAACACAUAACCAACCGGCUUAUGUUCAGUACCCUUCAAAGUUGAAUGAAAAGCCCUAUGCUACAAGCAAUGGAACGACAAAUAACCAAUUGUCAAAGCAACAACUUCAUAAUAGUCAAGACAAACAUCGCCAGUUGCAGGUAAAACUGUUACAGAUAACUUCAAUUAUUGCUAGAUUUCAUUUAGUUUCAUUAGUUUUUGAAAGGUGAAGGUAUCAAAAGAUUGCAAGUGCUACACGGUAACUAAUACAUUCAAACAUAUACUUUAUAUCUAUAUGAAAACGUCAAAUGAUAUUAUUACGAAACUUGUUCUAUUGGUCAUUUGGAGUUGUAUAUUACUUUAGUAAUGUUUGUCGACAGCCAUAGAACAACAUCUUAUUAGAGUUAUAACCAUUUUAAACAAUUUUCAGAAAGUAAUUAAAUAAUUUUUGUUUAGGUAACAAUGUAAAGAUUAAGAAAAUGAUCUGGUGUACCAACUUAUAAGUCUGGUAUCUUUGAUGAGUUUCAGAAUAUUCAGUUUCAAUAUCACUUGAUGUAAACAUUUAAAGUUCGACAUCCGGUUUAAACAAUUUUCUGUUGUUUAUAACUGUAUGUUGCCAUGUACAUGUCUUCUCUCCGUUUUAUUGUGUUUAAGGGCUGCUGUCCUGUUGACAAAUACAUCUAUUUCUAUUCAUAUCCACCCAACUUUAAGAAUGGCCAGUAAUUGUUACAGCUUCGGAAACAUAUUUGUAGCAUAAUGUUGUGUUUUGUUUUUGUGUUUUACCAUUUCGUAGUAAAAGACUAAAAUAUGUUGUUUUUUUUUA